AUUAUAUUUCUAUCAUUCAAUAAUUUUUUACUGUUUAUAAAUUAUGUCAUAUCAACAUUUAUAAAAAUAAACACAAAAGGGGAUUUGUAUAACAUAAUUCAAUUAUGAAAUUAUCUUAAUAAUCGUAUUACUUGGCAAUACACAAUUUGUACACAUAAAUCUGAUAAUAAUUGUUAUGUAACUAAGUUAGAUGUUAUAAUGGCUUGUUAUACGUAUGUACACAUACAUGUUCAUUGUUUAUUCCUUUAUGUUCGCUCCUUAAUUAAGCGUUCUUUUACAGUGUUUGCCACAAAGAAGCGCUACUGAAACCUUGACGCGCAUACACGAUAAUAUCGCAUAAUGCUCAUAGAAGUUACACACGUAAACAUCGUAACACGUAAUUUUCUCCUACUGUUUAGAAUUAAUUUAUAAUACAAAUUAAACGUCGUGGUAGCGUCUGCUAGAAAACCGGUUUCCAGUGCUUGCCAAGCCUUUGAACUGUUCAGUACGUCGUUGUCAUUACUAACUUUGAAAACUCGGAAGCAAAAAAAUAUUGUGAAAAAAAGGAAGUGUUUCUUAAUAAGCAAAAUUCCAAUGUCAACAAUAAAAAGUAUCUCAUUAGAGGAAGAAAUGAAGAAGAGUCCUCAAUUGAAGUUAUCCGAUAUACAAUUACUGAGAGAAUGGUGCGAGAAACAACCACACUUGCCAAAAAUUGAGGAUAGCUUUCUUGCCUUGUUUCUUCACAGCAAUUAUUAUCAAAUGGAAUCAACAAAAAACACAAUUGAGAAUUAUUACACGGUCAGGACACACUCACCAGAAUUUUUUUGCAAUCGAGAUGUGCUUACGGAAAAGGGGCUACGACAGACCUCAAAAGUCAUGACUGCUUUUCCCCUGGAAGGAACAACGAAGGACGGCUAUAGAAUGAUAUAUGGAACAAUACUAGACCCCGAUCCUUCUCUUUAUGAUUUUAAUGACAGUAUCAAAUAUUUCACGAUGUUAUGCGACAUGUAUAUUUUGGAGGAUGGUAUUCAGGAUGGUUAUGUCUACAUCAGCGACGUUAGCAAAACAUCCUUCGGUCAUAUGACACGAAUGAAUCCAUUGGGACUCAAAAAACAUUUAUAUUAUAUCCAAGAGGCAGUGCCACUUCGUUUAAAGGAAAUGCAUAUGAUAAACGCUCCACCUGCCAUAGAAUUGUUAAUGAACAUGACGAAACCUUUCAUGAAGAAAGAAUUGAUAGAUAUAAUGCAUUUUCACUCAUCGUUAAAAAGCAUUUCCGAAUACAUCCCAGUGGAUGCAUUACCGAAUGAAGUGGGUGGAAAAGGGGGUUCUAUACACGAAUUGGCUGAAAUUCAAGUGAAGAAACUCGAGGACUAUCGUGAAUGGUUCCUGCUGGACGAAACAACCAGACGUGUUAACGAAGCAUUGAGAAUUGGCAAGAGCAAAUCAGCGAAUGAUUUGUUUGGUGCAGAGGGUAGUUUUAAAAAACUUGAUAUAGAUUAAAAAAGAUUUAUAACUUUAUAUACAAUUUAAAAAAGAUUUAUAACUUUAUAUACAAUUUAUAGCCAUUUCUAUUCUUAUGCAAUCUCUUUUAAUAUUACUUAAUUGAUCAAACACAUGCAAGUUCAUUGCAUUUGGAUUGAUAAAAAACUUCUAGCUAUUUAACACAACUAGUACAUAACGGGUGCGCGCUGCGUGUUAAAUCCCAUACAUCUUCCAAUAACAUUUAUACCAAUUUACAUUUUAAUUAAACAAAUGUUAACAAUUUUUGAUAA